UCCUCCUUUCUUCUUCUCUCUGUCAUCAUUUUUCUUCUUUUUCUCCUAUAAUCCCUCGAAUCUUGAGUUUCUAGAAAAAAAAAUGGCUUCUUCGAACGAAAACGACGAGUUUCCCAUUCUUCCAAUUCCAAAAGCAACACCUCGUGCUCACACUAGGGCUUUUACUUUCAGGAACCGUAGUGUUUCUCUCUCAAACCCAACUUUCUCCAUUGACGGAUUUGACAACUCGAGUGUGGUUUUAGGCUACACAGGUCCUCUUCGAACCCAGAGAAUAACACCUCCUUUAGUGCAAAUGAGUGGUCCUCUUCACUUUACUCGCAGAACAGAACCUCUCUUCUCUCCUUCUCCUCAAGAACCUCCUGAUUCCUCCUCCUCCUCCUCUACCGUUAAUGUUCCACCUGAAGAUGAUUUUGUCUUCCAAAACGCAAAUCUUUUGAGAUCUGGACAAUUAGGGAUGUGCAAUGAUCCUUACUGCACUACUUGCCCUUCUUACUACAACCGCCAAGCUGCUCAAUUUCACACUUCCAGAGUUUCUACCUCUAGGUUUCGCACUGUUCUGUAUGAUGAUGCUAGAGGUUGGGCUAAGCGAUUCGCCUCCUCUGUUCGUAGAUGCUUACCUGGAAUAAUGAAUCCUCAUUCCAAAUUCGUUCAAGUCUGGACUAGAGUCUUAGCCUUUUCAAGCUUAGUGGCCAUUUUUAUAGAUCCUCUCUUCUUGUUCCUCUUAUUUAUCCAACAAGACAACAAAUGCUUAGCGAUUGAUUGGCGUGCGACUAAAGUACUGGUGUCUCUUAGAAGUAUAACGGAUCUUGUAUUCUCCAUUAACAUUCUACUUCAGUUUAGGUUGGCCUAUGUAGCCCCUGAAUCUAGAAUAGUUGGUGCCGGCCAGUUAGUUGAUCAUCCAAGAAAAAUUGCUCGCCAUUACUUCCAAGGAAAGUUUUUUCUUGAUCUGUUCAUAGUGUUACCCAUUCCACAGAUAAUGAUAUUAUGGAUAAUACCAGCACACUUGGGCACACGCAGGGAAGAAUAUGAGAAACAGAUUAUACGCGCUACGGUUCUUUUUCAAUACAUUCCAAAGUUAUAUAGACUCUUACCUCUUCUUGCUGGACAAACACCGACCGGCUUCAUAUUUGAGUCAGCCUGGGCUAAUUUUGUUAUUAAUCUUCUCACCUUCAUGCUUGCUGGUCAUGCUGUUGGCUCUUGCUGGUACCUUUCUGGUCUGCAGAGAGUUAAGAAAUGCAUGCUGAAUGCUUGGAAUAUUUCUGUGGAUGAACGUAGAAAUCUUAUCGAUUGUUCGCGUGGAAGUUAUGCAUCGGAGUCACAACGAGCUCUCUGGAGAGAUGGUGCUAGUGUCAAUGCUUGUUUUCAAGAGAAUGGUUUUACUUAUGGGAUCUAUUUGAAGGCAGUGAAUCUUACCAAUCAAUCUAGUUUCUUCACAAGAUACAGUUAUUCUCUGUUUUGGGGAUUCCAACAAAUAAGCACACUUGCUGGAAACUUGUCCCCAAGUUACUCAGUGGGGGAGGUUUUCUUUACAAUGGGUAUCAUUGGACUAGGGCUUUUGCUUUUUGCGCGGCUUAUCGGUAAUAUGCAAAACUUCCUUCAAUCUCUUGAUCGGAGGAGGAUGGAAAUGAUGUUGAGACGGCGUGAUGUAGAGCAGUGGAUGAGCCACAGACUGUUGCCAGAAGAUAUAAGAAAAAGAGUGCGCGAGGCUGAGCGGUACAAUUGGGCUGCGACUAGAGGAGUUAACGAAGAAUUUCUAUUCGAGAAUAUGCCUGAUGACCUUCAAAGAGAUAUAAGACGACAUCUCUUUAAAUUUCUCAAGAAGGUGAGAAUAUUUUCGUUGAUGGAUGAAUCAGUUUUAGAUUCAAUCCGUGAGAGGCUGAAACAGAGGACAUACAUAAGGAGUAGCACGGUGUUGCACCGCAGAGGUCUAGUAGAAAAAAUGGUAUUUAUAGUGAGAGGUGAGAUGGAGAGCAUUGGAGAAGACGGUUCUGUUCUUCCUUUGUCAGAAGGAGACGUUUGUGGUGAAGAACUUCUCACUUGGUGCCUCGAACGCUCCUCUAUAAACCCCGAUGGGAAAAGGAUAAAGAUGCCAACAAAGGGAUUAGUUAGCAACAGAAAUGUUAGGUGUGUGACAAACGUGGAAGCGUUUUCGCUGAGUGUAGCAGAUCUUGAAGAUGUAACAAGCUUGUUUUCAAGAUUCUUAAGGAGUCAUCGAGUGCAAGGAGCUAUAAGGUACGAGUCUCCUUAUUGGAGAUUACAAGCAGCGAUGCAGAUUCAAGUGGCUUGGAGAUACCGAAAGAGACGACUUCAGAGAUUUUACACUGCUCAGUCUAGUUCCAACAAUUCGAUUGGAUGAUAAAUUGAUGAUACUUGGUUUACGUAUAAAGCUUAGUGGUUGUUAAAUAUACAUCUUUUUGCUGUUUUUCCAAUCAUCCCAUCGUUAACUAAUGAAAACUUUACAUUAAC